AAACGCAUUUCCCCUGAGUUUGGCAUCCUUCUCCUUUAUUUUACUUUCGUUUCUCAUUUAUUCAAUCUCCCAUCCUGUAGUGUAGUUUCUCUAUUGAACCCAUCGAACCCCUCAUUUCUUCAUCGAGAUUGUCAUUCCCAUCUCCGUCGAGUUUGUCAUUCCUAGCCCCAUUGAGCUCGGCUCCCCUCCCCUCCAUUUCCGACCCAUUUCCUGCGCUUUGUCCCCUGAAUCGGCCCUCCUCAUCUUCGACCGGCACAAGAAUUUUUUAAGGAGUUUCUUCCUCUGACGCGUACUAAUUGGUGAACAGAGUGUAAAACGUUGCUCAGACCAACCCUCUCAGCUUCUGUCUCUGUUUCGCUCUCGAGCUCCGUCGCUGGAAAAACUUCCGACCCACGGUUAUGUCACGGACCGGGACUUUUGCUGGGCUCGUAUUUCUCAUCCUAGCCUUCUACUGUGGAAUUGACCCUUUAAAGCACAGUGCAAUCUCGGAGUUCCCCGACUUCGAAGCGUACGCCGUUGAGAUGCCAGCUUGGUCCCAGGUCCCCACCGAGAGAGACACCCAGAAUUUGCUGCAGAAAUCUGAAAUCAAGUUCCUCAACCAAGUCCAGGGCCCCGAAAGCAUAGUAUUUGACCCCCUUGGCCGUGGACCUUAUACUGGUGUCGCUGAUGGGCGAGUCCUGUUCUGGAACGGUCAGUCCUGGACCGAUUUCGCUUACACUUCCCCGAAUAGGUCAGAACUAUGUAAUCCAAAACCAUCGCCUUUGAGUUACUUGAAGAAUGAGCACAUAUGUGGCAGGCCUUUGGGGCUUCGUUUUGACAAGAAAACAGGUGAUUUAUACAUUGCAGAUGCAUACUUUGGGUUAAUGAAGGUAGGACCAGAAGGUGGCUUGGCAACAUCACUAACAUCUGAGGCAGAAGGGGUGCCAUUGAGGUUUACCAACGAUCUUGACAUUGAUGAUAAAGGGAAUGUUUAUUUUACAGAUAGCAGCGCCAAUUACCAGAGGAGGAACUUCAUGCAGUUGGUUUUUUCUUCAGAGAAUACUGGUAGGGUUCUGAAAUACAAUCCAACAACCAAGGAAACCACUGUCCUUGUGAGGAAUCUCCAAUUUCCAAAUGGGUUGUCCUUAAGCAAGGAUGGUUCCUUCUUUGUCUUUUGUGAAGGAUCCAUUGGCAGAUUAAGUAAGUAUUGGUUGAAAGGCGAGAAGGCGGGGGCUACUGAGGUACUAGCAAUCCUACCUGGAUUUCCCGACAAUGUCAGGACCACCGGAAAGGGUGACUUUUGGGUGGCAAUACACUGUCGACGAUCCUUAUAUACUCAUUUAUGUGCAUUAUACCCAAAGAUUAGGAAAUUUAUUCUCAAGCUCCCAAUUUCUGGGAAAAUUCAGUUCAUGCUUCACAUUGGGGGCUGGCCCCAUGCUGUUGUUGUCAAGUACAGCUCAGAAGGUAAGCUUUUGCAGAUAUUGGAGGACAGUCAGGGGAAGGUUGUCAAGGCAGUAAGUGAAGUGGAGGAAAAGGAUGGGAAACUAUGGAUGGGGAGUGUGUUGGUGCCUUUCAUUGCAGUUUACAACUUGGAUUAAUAUAUAUACGUUUUAUGCUUUCAAACUAAUCAAAGACCGACUGACAUGGUUAUUUUCUUCGAAAAUGCUAAAUACACGGGGGGCCUGUCACCCGUGUACAUGGUCCUUGUCUCUGUCAAAAAUCCUAUUUUACUCUAUCCUGUUUGCCUGUUAUGCCUCUGCUCAAGUUUAAAUCUGGAUGGGCAUUUUCUAUCA